AUGACCGCGGCUGAUAUCCCGAAAACUAUGCUUGCAUGGCAGAAGCACUUCGGGACGCAUGGACCAGUUCGUGUCGAGAUCCCGGUUCCUUCUAUUUCCGAAGACGGCCUUCUUGUAAAGAUCCGUGCUGCUGGUGUUUGCCACAGCGAUAUUAAUCUUAUCAAGUUCGAAGUUAAAACGGGUUCCUGGUUUCGCGACAAAUAUACCCUGGGCCAUGAAGGUGCCGGCGAGGUUGUAAGAGUGGGUCCAAAUGUCAAAAAUUUCAGGGUUGGAGACAUGGUCGCAAUUCACCCUGGUGCAGGCUGUAUGCAGUCGACCUGCCGACCAUGUUCGAUCGGUCAAACCCAGUUUUGCGAGCGAGGAGAUCAUCAUGGAGUGGGAGAAGACGGAUCUUUUGCGCCGUACAUUGCUAUCAAAGCCGCUUCGGCCAUCAAAAUGCCUCUCAAUGUAUCCUUUGCCGAGGGUGCAGUCGCAAUGGAUUCUAUCAUGACGGCCUAUCAUGCCGUCGUGCAAAGGGCAGCGGCACAGAACGAGGAAACUGUUCUAUUGUAUGGUCUAGGUGGCUUAGGAUUCAGUGCACUGCAAAUUCUGUUGCACAUUGGCUCAAGGGUGAUUGUGGUCGACCAAAAGCAGACUGUGCUCGAUCAAGCGGUAAAGUUUGGUGUCAAGGAAGAGGACGUUGUCCCUCCAGAGACACAGAACGUCGCAGAGUGGAUUCAGAAGAAGGGAUUGGUGCCAGACAAGGCGAUUGACUUUGUUGGAUCCUCGGGGACAUUCAAGGCCUCUUGUGAAGCCGUACGACCAGGGGGGACAAUUGUCCUGGUUGGUAUGUUCGAAGACUCGGUGACGUUCUACCACCGGCGAGGUAUACGGAAGGGGCUCAAUGUUCUAUGUAGCCUUGGAGGCACAUAUGCUGAUGCGGCAAAGGGUCUUGAGUUGGUCAGCGCAGGGGUCAUAUCGCCUCAAGUUGAACUGAGGAGUCUCUUCGAUCUUCCCCAGGCCCUAUAUGACUUGGAUUGUGGGAAAGUGAAGGGCCGAAUCGUGCUAGUGCCUGAGGAUCGAGUGGUAUAA